CCUGGAGAAGCUGCAGUGUGGGGAUGCUCUGACCGAGUUCAGCCCCCAGUGUCUUUCCUCCUCCUCCUUCUGCAGCGACAGCAUCCGCAGUUAGCAGUGGGCAACUUGAGGCUGUAACCGGGGCAAGCCCCCAGGGUCCUGCUCACCCAACAGGGGGCUCAGCUCCCCGAAGGGGUGUGUGCAGGGCGGGGGCGGCCAGCUGGGACCAGCUGGUGGCCCUAGAAAACCUCACCCACACCCACACCCACACACCCCUUUUGUGUUGCAGGCUGCCCCUCUGAGAGCGGAGGCAGCGAGAGAGUACUCGUGUGCCUCGCACCGGUCCGCGGUGAGAGCAGCGGGGACCAAGACUCGCACCACCUCCCGGUCCUCGCUCCAGGAAAAGAAGACUUGAGCGCGCUUGAACAACCAACAUCUGCAGUCCGAUCAGAAGACACUGCCCUUGCCAUCCCGAGAGCUCCAGCAGAACAUCUCAUCAAGAUUGAAGAAAGGAGAUUCCAAAAGGAACAAAAAACCCCAAAUACUCCAGACUACCCCAGCAGAACAUUCCACUUGAACCAAAAAAUGGUGAGUGCCAGUCGUCCUGAGGCCCUGGCCGCCCCUGUCACCACUGUCGCGACCCUUGUCCCGCACAAUGCCACUGAGCCAGCCAGUCCUGGCGAAGGGAAGGAAGAUGCCUUUUCCAAGCUGAAGCAGAAGUUUAUGAAUGAACUGCAUAAAAUUCCAUUGCCACCGUGGGCCUUAAUUGCCAUAGCCAUAGUUGCGGUCCUUCUAGUCGUGACCUGCUGCUUCUGUGUCUGUAAGAAAUGUUUGUUCAAAAAGAAAAACAAGAAGAAGGGAAAGGAAAAGGGAGGGAAGAACGCCAUUAACAUGAAAGAUGUGAAAGACUUAGGGAAGACCAUGAAGGAUCAGGCCCUUAAGGAUGACGAUGCUGAAACUGGACUGACUGAUGGAGAAGAAAAGGAAGAGCCCAAGGAAGAGGAGAAACUGGGAAAGCUUCAAUAUUCACUGGACUAUGACUUCCAGAAUAACCAGCUGCUGGUAGGAAUCAUUCAGGCUGCUGAACUGCCUGCCCUGGACAUGGGGGGCACAUCUGACCCGUACGUCAAAGUCUUCCUGCUGCCCGACAAAAAGAAGAAGUUUGAGACAAAAGUCCACCGGAAAACUCUCAACCCAGUCUUCAAUGAACAAUUUACUUUCAAGGUGCCAUACUCGGAAUUAGGUGGCAAGACACUGGUGAUGGCUGUGUAUGAUUUUGAUCGCUUCUCCAAGCACGACAUCAUUGGAGAGUUCAAAGUUCCUAUGAACACGGUGGAUUUUGGCCACGUCACCGAGGAGUGGCGCGAUCUCCAGAGUGCUGAGAAAGAAGAGCAAGAGAAACUGGGUGACAUCUGCUUCUCCCUCCGCUACGUCCCUACUGCCGGCAAGCUGACUGUUGUCAUUCUGGAAGCCAAGAACCUGAAGAAGAUGGAUGUGGGUGGCUUAUCUGGUGAGUGCGCAGUGGCUAUUGAUUGUUGGAAACAAACGCUGUUUCACUGUGGGUACCGAAUGCACGGUGCUCAUGCUGUGGCUCCCUGCUCCUUAAUUGAUCGCAGCUCUCUUUCCUAGGGAGCUGGAAGCCCU